CGUCGUUCUUAUUCAUCUUCGGAAAUCAAUUUUCUCUGCGAACUUUGGUAUCCCUUGGCAGUUAAGAAAUACAACUGCAUCUCGAUCUCUCAUUUCUGAACGGGAAAUCUAUAAACUGUUUGGAAGAUCUCCGACAUUAAUUAGCGGUAAAACUUUCACCGACUUAUAUUGGAUUCUUUCACAUUUUAAGCAGGUGGUUUCAGCUAUGGGCGACAGAGAUACUGAUGACAGGGAGUCAAACCUGCCAUUGGUGCAGUAACAACUGGGAUCUCAGUAAUGUCAAUGGGAGAAAUGAUGCAUCCGUUACAAAUGACAAUCUCCUUCCGCAACUCCUCACUUCUGUGCCAAGACUUAAUGAAGCAGCGUCUUAUCUCGCAGAAAAAACUUCUCUGUUUACAAGCUGUCUUCCUGAUCUUUCUGGCCCAGCCUUUGGACACUCUGGUGAACAGGAAAUGGUGACAUUUGAAUCUAGAGAUUCCGAAGGAUCUGUUAGCCGCAGUUAUACUUAUGUAGGUGCAACUACAUUUCCAUCUUCUGAAUCAUCUCAUGAAGCAGCUGAUGUUCCUUCUGUCCAUGAAGGAAUACCUAGGAGUUCAACUGAAUCAGAAAGUGGUUCAUUGCUAAAUUCUAAUGCAAUUGUGACGUCAACUCAAUCCAAUCGAAAUGGAAUUUCCAUUUUCCAAGGUCUUAUUCAAAGAGUACAGAGGACAGUUCGUGGCUCAGCUGAUGAUAUUGGAUGGAUGCAACGUGAUCCACAAAUGCCUCCAAUUGAAGAUGGGACUGACAGAUUUUUGGAGAUUCUUGAUGCUAUUAGGCAUGGUGUGCACAGGUUGCCAAACUCGGUGGUAUACUUGUUGGUACCAGGUCUAUUCAGCAACCAUGGGCCACUUUACUUUGUUAAUACAAAAACAAGUUUCUUGAAAAUGGGACUCACUUGUCAUAUAGCCAAAAUUCACAGUGAGGCAUCGGUGGAAAAAAAUGCCAGUGAGAUAAAAGAGUAUAUUGAAGAAAUCUUCUGGGGUUCUGGUAAACGUGUUCUGCUUCUUGGACAUAGCAAGGGGGGGAUAGAUGCUGCUGCUGCUCUAUCCAUGUAUUGGACUGAUUUGAAAGAUAAGGUUUCCGGGCUGGCACUCACUCAGAGUCCAUAUGGUGGUACUCCAAUUGCGUCAGAUAUACUUCGAGAAGGGCAGUUGGGUGAUUAUGUUAAUAUCCGCAAACUUAUGGAGAUCCUCAUCUGUAAAGUGAUCAAGGGAGACAUGCAAUCAUUAGAAGACCUGACUUAUGAGAAGAGGAAGGCAUUCUUGAGGAAAUACCAACUGCCAAGAGAACUCCCCAUUGUUUCUUUCCACACAGAGGCCAGCAUAUCUCCGGCAGGUUUGGCAUCACUAUCCCGCAUUGCACAUGCAGAAUUGCCAACAUUCUCUGCGGGCCAGUCAACGACGCUCCCAGUGGUGAUGCCCCUUGGCGCUGCAAUGGCGGCUUGUGCACAGCUACUUCAGAUCAGAUACGGUGAGAAGAGCGAUGGGCUCGUAACGUGCCGUGAUGCAGAAGUUCCAGGCUCCGUUGUAGUAAGGCCAAAACGCAAACUGGACCACGCUUGGAUGGUGUACUCGUCGUUGAACGAUGAUCCAUCAGAAGCUGAUGCUUCUCAGGUUUGUGAAGCCCUUCUGACAUUACUUGUGGAAGUAGGACUAAGAAAAAGACAAGAACUAGCAAAAAAAGAUGAGUGAAUUGAAGCAUAUGCACAUAGGACAGAGGGUUCAAAUUUGUUAGGAGGGAGAAAUGUAGAUCAAUGGUUGAGAUGAUUUGAUGGAAUUUGUCCAACGAGUGGAUAUAUUCAAUCUCACUAUAAUUCUUCCCGCUAUUUAUUUAUGCCACUUAUAUGUUGUAAUUAUUUGCCAUUUGGCUCAAAAGGAUAUUAAAAAAAAAAAAAAGAAUUAAUAUAA